AUGCGGCGCGGAAACCUCACUACUCGCCACCAUCGCAUGCUUCUACCAUCACUGUAUUACUCUUCCACUUCCAUCCUUGAAUCAUUUGGACCAUCGCUGAUGGUUAGUCUUUCGCAAGACGAUCGCCACCUCAUCGCACGUCAUCCCUUGGACAACUCUCUCCAACACCUACACAAGUCACUUCGCGAUGCAGAACAGUAUUGUACCUCGACUUCCAGUCCACCUGGCGGCGCGACCAAUGAUACCCAAGAUGGUCCAAAGGCAAUAUCGCGACUUCUGACCGCUCUCAUGGGGCAAGAGGCAGCUCUUGACCUCCACUCUCGCGUGAGCGAUCGAAACGUUGCCGCUGAACUCGCCACCAUUUUAGGACGUCUUCGACAAGGCCAAUUCGACUACGCUCACUGCCUUCCACUGGUGAGACUCACCGUCCAAAGAGCGUCCGACUUGGAGAUAUGGAGAGCCGUUCUUGAUCUCAUUGCCACUCCCUCGAGCGUGACCCCCCCGCCCGGCGUCCCGGCCGCGUUCGAUGAUACGCCCGUUACUCAUUCCUCCGCUUCACAACAAGGUGGCGAACAAACUCGGGAGCUGGUGAAGAAAAAAAUUUUCGAGGAGAUCAGAUCGUGCACAUACCGGGAAGUGGGUGGGUUCUUUCAAAAAUACUUUGAGGGGAAGGACUGGACUCCUCGUACGUUGGACAUCUACCGGGCGAUAAAAGGCCGACACAAGGACGGCCGAUGGACGGAUUUCCCCAAUCCGCCCGUGCAAGCCCAAGUUCUGGCCUGGUGGUUUCGAUUUCAGGAAAAUUUUCUCUCGAAGGAGCGAGGCCUGUACUACGCAACGACAAGCCCGAAAGAGCUGGUCGGUGCUGAAGCUUGGCGUCAAAUCGAUCUCUUUGUGAAGCCAAACGACGGCCGGAUAUCAGACUCGGCCCACGACUGGAAGGAUGUUAGAGUGAUUGGUGAGCUCAAGGAAUCCAACAGAGACAAGAGGGGCACGCUUCUCCAGAUCAGUCGAUACGUGCGGGAUGUUUUCUCAUGCCAGCCGACACGUCGAUACGUCCACGCGUUUACAAUCUGUGGGAGGGAGAUGGAAGCGUGGGUAUUCGAUCGCUCAGGUCCUUACAGUCCAGGUCCCUUCGACAUACACGACGAACCCGAACGCUUUAUUCAGGUAAUUGCGGGGUACAGUAUGAUGAAUGAGGAAGAACAGGGUCUCGACACAUUCAUGGAGCGAGAUAUUGACGGUUACUUCGUGACUCUUGAGCAGGACGGUGCCGAGAGCCCAACAAAAAUGCGACUGGAGCCACACCCCAUCACCCGUCAACGAGCAAUCGUCUGCCGUGGGACGUCUUGUUUCCUCACCAGGACUGCAGGCUCCGAGGGUUACGACUGCGUCACCAAGUUUUCAUGGACAUCCGACCGGCGACGGCGAGAGGCGGAUCUUCUCAGAUUGGCCCGUCAAAGAGGAGUCAAGGGCCUAGCACGCCUGGUUGCCCAUCGCCGCAUAACUGACGUCGCGGAAUUGCGCUGCGAAUUGACAUUUGGUGACCCGUACUCUUUCCGAGGUCCAUCGAGUGCGGCGUCUUUUUCGCAGUCAUUUCCGCAGUCUCAACCCGCUAGUUUGCUUUCUGGGUCAUUCAGCGAGCUUCAUGGCUUGAGUAUCACCGGGAGCCCAUCGAGGAAGCGAAAGUCG